UGUUAAACCAAAUGACCGCUCCUGCUCCGGUCAGGACAAAGACGCACCAAAAUCUCUCAAGCCGCCUCCCUACUUCACUUCUCGUUUCUAUCGUUCGCGGCCUUAUCCUCUUCAUCUUCAUCUUCAUCUUCAUCUUCUUCUUCCUCUGCAAUGCCUAGCGACGACUCUUCGGACCCUUCAGGCUCGCGGCGACGGCAAGACGAGCCAUCCAAGGAGCGAGACGCCGCCCCGAAAGAAAAUGACCCGAAUGCGAGCCUGUCCGACUCCGACUCCGACUCCGAUUCCGACUCCGACGACUCCUCCUCCGACUCCGAUGAGGAGGAAGGAGGAGGAGGUGGGGAAGGACCCGACUCGGGAGCCGCCGGCGACGACGUUCUCACCUACAUCCGGCCCUCGGACGGCGACCUGGACGAGUCCGACAACACGCCGGAGGCCAACCUCCGGCGCUUCUCCGAGAUCCUGAACAGCCGGCGGAUGCGGCGGAAGCAGGAGGAGGAGGACAGGAACUACGUCUUCCACGAGGACCUGUUCGACUUCCCCGAGGACCCCGAGAACUGGCGGGAGGAGGACCUGAGGGAGCUGUGGGCGGACGCGCCGCUCGAGUCCACGAAGCCAGGGUGGGACCCGGCGUUCGCCGACGAGGAGGACUGGGACAUCGUGAGGGAGGACAUCAAGGCAGGCCGGGAACCGGCGAUAGCCCCGUUCUACUUGCCGUACCGGAAGCCGUACCCGGCGAUACCGGACAACCAUUACGACAUAUCGAACCCCAAGCAGGUGAUUGAGGAGUUGGACCGGAUUGAGGAGUUCCUGACAUGGGUCAGCUACAUUUUCCCUGACGGCAGCUCGUAUGAAGGAACGGUUUGGGAUGACUUGGCCCAUGGAAAAGGUGUCUAUGUCGCCGAAAUGGGGCUCGUUAGGUAUGAAGGUGAAUGGCUUCAAAAUAAUAUGGAAGGACAUGGAGUCCUUGAAGUGGAUAUACCUGACAUUGAACCUAUUCCAGGUUCCAAGCUAGAAGAGAAAAUGCGUGCUGAAGGGAAGAUCAUAAAAAGAGAUUAUAUGUCUCCAGAAGACAGGGAGUGGCUGGAAAUGGAUAUAGAAGAUAGCAUUCGCUUGACUGGGGAUAACUAUCAAGUCCCUUUCUAUGAAAAUGAUGAGUGGAUCAGACAAUUUGGUCAAAAACCGGAAAAAGGUCGAUAUCGGUAUGCUGGCCAAUGGAAGCAUGGAAGGAUGCAUGGGUGUGGUGUUUAUGAAGUCAACGAGCGUACAAUCUAUGGUAGAUUUUACUUUGGGGAGCUAUUAGACAAUGAGUAUGGCUGUGAUGAGGAUGUUUCAGCGCUUCAUUAUGGGUUAGCGGAAGUAGCUGCUGGUAAGGCAAGGAUGUUUAUCAACAAGCCAGAUGGAAUGGUCAGAGAAGAGAGAGGUCCCUAUGGUGAUCCCCAGCAUCCUUAUUUUUAUGAGGAAGAAGAUGUGUGGAUGGCCCCUGGCUUCAUCAAUCAGUUCUAUGAAGUCCCCGAUUAUUGGAAAACAUACGUUGGUGAAGUGGAUCAGGAAAGAGAAAUGUGGUUAAAUUCCUUCUACAAAGCACCACUGAGGCUGCCUAUGCCCGCUGAGCUUGAGUAUUGGUGGUCAAAAGAUCAUACGCCAGAAUUUGUUCUGAUCAAUAAGGAACCAGAACCUGAUCCGCAAGAUCCAUCAAAGCUUAUAUACACAGAAGAUCCCCUAAUCCUUCACACUCCAACUGGGCGUAUAAUUAAUUAUGUUGAAGAUGAAGAGCAUGGGAUCCGCAUGUUCUGGCAGCCAGAUGUAAAAGAAGGGGAAGAUUUUGACCCAGAGAAGAUAGAAUUUCUACCCCUUGGUUUUGAUGAGUUCUAUGGGAAAGAAGAGGUUGUCAAGAAGGAAAGUCUUUGGAAAAGGAUUAUCAUGGCAAUGGAAAAUGCAUGUAAGCCCACAUUCGACAGACUAGAGAAGUGGACGGAGGAGAAGAAGAGAGCCAGUGAAAUGAAGAUUAAGCUGAUUGAGAAGGAGCUUGACCUCAUCGAAGCAGAAUUGUGCUUGGAAGAGGCCAUUGAGGACAUGGAUGAGGAGUUGAAGAUGAGAGAGAAAGAGGAAGAGAAUAAUGAAGUGGGUUUGCGGGAGGAAGUGGAAGUGGAUUCUUCUGUGUCGGCCAAAAACAAUGAGAAAACUUUGGCUGCUGAUGAGGAAGAGGAAGCAGAAGGAGAAGAGGAAGAGGAUGAAUAUGAAGACGAGCACGUUGAACAGUCAAGUUUUGGUUCUGUCGCUGUUGAUCAGGACUCAUCGAAGAAUGACCAAAAAGUCAGCAAGCCUGGGGGGUCGCCAUUUUCUACUUCCUCAUUGGGAUUUGCUUCAUGUGGCCUUGUCUCUGUUGUUUCCUCAAAGCUGCAAAACUCAUUUUUAUCGUGGAAGGAGAGCAGAUCCUCGGUAAAGGCAACUCCGGCAUUGCUCAUCCCGGCCUGUUGUAGCCUGAAUCAAGUUCCUCACAACCUCAGUUACGCGCCAAAUCUUUGCAAGGAAGGGAGAUUAAGAGCAAGGAGGCAAGAACACCGAAAGCAUCAAGCAAGAAGACCGUCUAAGGGGAGUGCAGCUCAACUGCAUUCCUUAUCAAGGAUCCUCUCGCCUCGUCCAGCUUCUAGAAAGUCCAAGAUGAAUCUGAAGGAGCCAAGAAGUUGGAGGCAUGCUUGGCUGCAUAAAGCACCAAAGGAUGACUUAAGCAGCGUCUUGUCUUUACAUAAUUCGCUGUACUAUUCGGAAUCAUACAUGGAUAAUGGCAAGCGAAGGAAAUAAAAGAAAAAUGGAGAGGGCUUCGCCGAGUUGUAUUAUUUCGAUUGAGAGAAAUACAUGAAUUGAGGGCGUGCAUGAAAUCUGAUAUCUUUUUUUGUUUGCUUUGUAGAGUUUAUGUAAUUUAAAGAAUCUCUCAUCUGUUGUCUUCCGUUCCAGACUCUCGCCCACUAUGUCCAAUGCCUAGUGGAGAUCACUUGUGAAACUAAUGAAAGUCGCGGCCUUCGUCUUUCUGAA